UAAAAAAAAUAAUUAUACUAUUAUAAAAAAAAUGAUUCAUAUUUAUUUCGCUAUUCUCUUAAACACCUGGUUUUUAUUGGUACCAACACAUAAAGCGCUCCGCACAUUAAAAGCAACAACUUACUUUAAAUGCCUCCAGGAUAAAAGAUACACCGUUUUGCAAAAUUGUCACAAAUACGGUUAUUGUUUAAACGAUACCAUUUUACUUCUGAACUGUCCCCAAAAUCGUAUAUUUAACAAGGAAACACAAACAUGCAUGCAACCUUCAGAUAAUGCGCCCGAUGCUUGUGUUCCGAAGGGUCAAAAUAUUUGUUACGAAGACUCUGUAUUAUGCCAUGACAAACUAUCUUGUGUAGCACCUGAGGACAUUUGCAAUGGAGUCUUGGAUUGUUACGAUGGUUCCGAUGAAAAAUUGGACUGUAAAUCCUUAGAAGGGAAAUUUAGUCAACUCAUAGCUAACGAGGAUUGCCAGGGGGAUGAAUAUAAAUGUGCCACUGAAGGAUGUAUACCAAUAAGCGGUAGAUGUAAUGGAUUAGUCGAUUGUUCUGAUUGGUCGGACGAAUUUGAUUGCGAUAUUAAACUCGUUGCUAUAGGGCAAGAAUUUGUACUCCCAAAUGUAACAAGUUCAUCUUCUUCUCUAACAAAGUCCACCACCACAAUUAUAUCGAGAGAGCUCAAUACACAGGAGUCUUAUAUCAGAAAUUUUAAUAUAAAUAACACAAGGAAGGAUAAUAAUUGUAACGAUAAAUACUGGAGUUGUGAUUCAUUUUCCGAAUGUAUUCCAAUUCAUUCUCUCUGUAAUGGUAUAGCCAAUUGCAAGGAUGGUUCAGACGAAAUCCACUGCGAUGGAAAUACCCGAGAUUCUUGCGAAUCAGAAGAAUGUCGAUAUCCACAUUGCCGCUGUGCUUCUUCUGAUUUACCUCCGAAUGUUAAGAUAGAGAAUAUGCCUCAAAUUAUAAUGAUAACCUUUGAUGACGGAGUUAGGGCUCACGAUUUUAAGAACAUUUACAACAAAAUAUUUAAUAAUGCCCGGAAAAAUCCAAAUGGAUGUCCAAUCAGAGCUACUUUUUUUGUGUCUAACGACUAUACGGAUUAUUCUAGAUUGAAUCAACUUUACAGAAUGGGUCAUGAAAUAGCCUCCCACUCUAUUAGCCAUAAAUUACCGGAGUCUUAUUGGAAUACAGCCUCAUAUGAUGAAUGGAGGAGCGAAAUAGCUGGGCAAAAGGAAUUUAUUCACAGAUUGGCAAAUAUCCCCAAAAAUGACAUGAAAGGAAUGAGAGCACCUUAUCUUCGAAUGGGUGGUAACACAAUGUUUAGCAUGCUAGUGAAGGAAAACUUUAUAUAUGAUUCUUCAUGGGUAGUUCAAGAUAUCAACCCUCCUUUGUUCCCUUUCACGUUAGACUUUCCCAAAGAUCUAAAUUGCCUCAUAGAAAAAUGCCCCAAUAAAUCUUUCCCAGGUGUCUGGGAAGUUCCUUUACUUUAUUUUCAAGCCUUAAAUAGAGACGAACUUGGAGGCGAGGAAAAAAAUAAUGGGGUAUUGAAAAUGAUUAAAAGCGGUAAGAAGAUUCUUAAAAAGAAAAAAAGAUCUUCUGUCGACUAUUCAAUAUUUGAUAUAUUAUCAAACGACGAUGAAUCCCAAUCUACUAUAGAUUAUGAAGGAUCUGAGAAAACUUUAAGCAAGGAUAAAAAUAGUGAACCUUACUUGUUAAAUGAUUACGAUUUUCAUUACAUAAAUGAGAAUUCAGAUAAAAGUAAUAAAGGAAACCAAGGUAGCUUGAUAAAUAUGGAGGAAAGAAAUACUGAGCUGGAUAAUUUCCAUUUCUCGUCCUAUCAAAAUAAAUAUAUUAAUGAGUUAAAUACCUCAAAGAAUUUUAGAUCUUGCGCCAUGGUAGAUGCUUGUCCACAGCCCAAAACAGCCAGGGGUGUUUUUGAUGACAUGAAAUUCAACUUCGAGAGGCAUUACUAUUCGAAUAAAGCCCCGCUGCCUUUAUUUUUUCAUUCUACUUACUUCCAAGCCAAACAUGCUGUCACAGGAUUUAUAAAGUUUUUAGAUUUUGCCCUCAAUCACAAGGAAAAAGAUGUUUGGGUAGUGCCUAUAUCAAAUACACUGGAAUGGAUGAAGUCAGGUGGUGUUCCCCUAACAAAGCUUAGCGACUUUGAACCCUUCAAAUGCGACAAUAUAAAGUAUCGUAUGGAUUAUAACACUUGUCCUAAGCCCAGGAAAUGCAAGUAUCAGAUCAAGAAACCAACAUGGACAGAAGAGAGAUACGUGGUUGUAUGCUCGAAAAGAUGUCCUAGAUUGUACCCAUCGAUAAACACGGCACCAUUCUGAUUAAAUGAGAGAUUUUAUCUUUAUAUAUUGGUUACACGCAUUAAGCGUGUAUCUGUUUGAAAAUUUUAUACUAUACAC